AUGUAGCAGGGCUAGCCGAUGUAGGACGAGCCGACCCGUGCGUCUGCCUGCCUGCGCUCUCGCUGCCAUCCCCAUCAUGGCCUCCAAACAGCCGCCGACACCACCGAGGAUGAACCGACCAACCAGCGGCCCUUUCCUUCCCGGAGCGGAGACGGACGUCAAGCCGAAGCAGAGGCACCGGUAGAGGCGAGCCGCGCCGGGGAGAGCCGCCUCUCAUCCCAUGCCACCCCGGUCUCCUCCAUGCCUUCGUCUAAAGCCAAGUACAGCUAUUCGAUAAAGAGGGGUGCGAACCCGGGCGGCGGCGGCAGAAACAUGACAACGAACAGGGAUUAUUCUGUUAAUCUGUCGGUGCAGCAAGUGCUGAGCCUUUGGGUGCAAGGCACGACUCUGCAGCACUUCACAGAGAUGUGGUACUGGGUGUUUCUGUGGUGUCUCUUCUCCUCGCUCUUUGUCCACGGAGCUGUGGGGCUGCUCAUGUUAGUCAUGCUGCAGCGCCACAAGAGGGGCCGCCUCAUCACCCUGGUGCUGGUCAGCGUGGGCUUCCUGGCCUCGCUCUCCGGAGGCGUCAUCACCAGUGCAGCGGUGGCAGGGGUGUACCGUGUCGCAGGGAAGGACAUGGCUCCACUGGAGGCCCUGGUGUUCGGCGUGGGCCAGACCACCUUGUCUGUCAUCAUCUCCUUCUCACGCAUCCUGGCCACUCUGUGAAACAAACCCUCGACCAUUUGAAGGACAGACGCCGAGACCAGACCAAGACUGACACUUAAAGGGUUUGUGGAAGGAGACGAGGCAGAAAUACUCUGGACCAUUUUUUGGGGCUGGAUGCAGGAGAGAGCCCCCUAGUGUUUCUGCUCUGUUACUGCCACAAUCACAGGAGCCCCUUCACUGCACUUCAGAGGGAACUCAAUGCAGAAAGGUUGUCUUCACGUGUGACGAGCAGCACUAGGCGGACGGCGUGGAGAUGGCGCCAUCCUCAGCUUCUGAACUGAAAAGCCAUGUUUCAGGUUUUUUCAGAGUUAAAUCAGUAUUUUGUGCCAACAGCCUUCUCUGGGACAUCCAGAUGCCUUUGUGGCCACUGACUCUCGAAGGCUUUCUGUUGCACUUAAGGGAGAAAACCUCUGUUUUUUUUGUUUGUUUUUUUUAACAGCAAAGUGAAACAUCAGCGAAAACCUGUAAUAAUGACCCGUCAUCUUGUGAUCAAAAUGCAUUAUAGGAGCCGCGUUAGAGCAAAAGCUGAGCAUCAAGGAGUGUUUAGGGAGAAAUAACCACAAUAAUGUUCAUCAGCAAAAACAGUAUUUUUUCAGUAUUAAGGCCAUCCUCAUCAACAAGGUCUUCACGACGUGCAGAUGAUCAUUCCUUUCUCUUCACCGGCUUAGCGGCUGCAGAGUCCAGCUUUGGGUGCAGCUUUGAGUUCUGCACUUUGUAAACGGUGGAAAUGCCCACUGUGUUCGAGGUCUGAGAUCGGUAGAUGUGGAGGAGAAAACCAGCAUCAGUGCGAAGUUUAGUUUCGUUGUCUAAAUGCUGAUUUAUUGUGUGCCAAUAAGAGGUCAGACUGAGGUUAAAACCAACAGAGAACGGCUGUGAUGAGAGAAUCCUCAGAGAGGUUCAGUUUGAUGCAGGACCUGGAGGCAGUUUCAGACACACUCUGACUCUGGCUUAGAUCAAACUCAGAGUCAGUCAUCUGUUAAAAGUCACUUAUUUUCUAUCACUUAUGGAAAAUAAAAAUGACUGACAAUGCUGGGAGCUUUGUCUCCUGAAAAAUAAUGCUAAAUAUUGAAGUGUUUCAAUGCAAACAUAAUAAUAAUGACUUCUGAUAAGGCUUAACAUACUGGACAAAAGAAAAUAACUAUGGUAGUCUUCUUAUUGUUCUAUAUCUGUCUUUUUAUUUCUUGAUCAACAAUAUUAUCAACAAACCACAAAAUUAAAUCAAUUUGAACUUGAGGCACAAUAAGGCAUGUUUAUUAGCUUGAAAAUAUUAUCACUUUACCGAUAAUUCAUGGUAAAAUAGUGCUACUUAAGGACUUAAUAGGCUUGUGCUACACAUACAUGUAAUUAAAAAGACUCAUGUUUCAUUUUAUUGUCCCACAAUGCCUUGGGCUUCUAGCCAUGUUAUUGAAAGACAUUCCACAUACAUACAGGGAGGACACAGUGAGAAAAAUAUUAUUCUUAUUCUUAUUCUUAUUCAUAUUCUUAUUCUUAUUCUUAUUCUUAUUCUUAUUCUUAUUACCUUUAUUUAACCAGGAAAAAAUGAUUCAUUCAGAUUCCUGGUGAAGACCGCAGCAACAGAAGUUACAGAAAGUAGAAAUUUCAGCCAUACAUCCACACUAAAACCAUCCAUAAAACACCACCAUAACUAAAAACAUACAUAUAGAACACCACCAAUACUUGAAAAGGUAUCACAAGUAUAUAAGAAUGUUCCUUAAAAGCAUCUCAAAGCAGAACCUGAUUCAGUCAGAAAAACAUCUACACCCAGAUUGACUUUUCCUAUUCAUUUAAAUUAACUUUGAAUGUACAGUAUUUAAAGAGAGCAGCUCCUUCAUUUUUAGAUCCUUUUGUAGUUUGUUCCAGACAGUGGAGAAAGAAAUUUUAUUUAUUUGGGGUUUUUUUUUCCCAGUUCUCUUCAGACUUUUGGAACACAUAGAGAUAACAGAUCCUGGGACCAGACACUAUAAUUAUAGAAGUCAUUCAAAAAGUGACAAUAACUUAGAAAAAACACUGAAAUUAAAGAGACACCCUAAAAAAGCCCUUCAUUAUUGAUCAGUAUGUACACAUAUAAGGAAGUGUAGUUUGUUUUUUGUUUUUUCUUUGCUCUCGCUGUACACAGGAAUAGAAGAAAUCAGGACAAGUAGCAAUAAAGACAGUUCAUAUAGGUUGGAAAUACCAUAGUGCAAAGGUAAAAAUAAGGAGUCUGACUAUUAUGAAGAUCUAAUCCGGAGUCUGAGUUUAUCUUUGGCCUCUUGUUUUCCUCUUUCAGGUU